GGGGUUAUCGUUAGGACGAUUUCACUACCUGUUCGACAAGGUUCCGACACGUUUCAACCCCUCGUUCGUUUCGCUUGUCGUACAUAGAAAUCGACGCCGGUUCGAGUGUGUCUCCCGUGAUCGCCGAACAAUUGUGCGAUGGCCGAGCAAUUACGCAAUUAAAGACCGCGUCACGUUGUAACGUAAUUCACCAGGCUACUGCUACUGCUGCUGCUGCUGCUGUCUUGGUGAUAAGAACGAUGAUGGAGGGUACCUGCGAAGAGCUUUUUCCAAGAACGAUCAGAAGGAUUUGUGGACGAACGAUCGGGGACCUCGAAGUCUGAUCCGCAGCACACGUUUGACACUGUUUUGAAAAUGGGGCUGGCAGACGCCGAUUUGAGCAUGGGCGCAGGCGCAGCUGGAGGUUCGGUCUUGGGUCUACCAGGAUCAGGCGUAGGUGGCGUGCUUUCGCAGCACUGCGCCAUCUGCGGUGAUCGCGCGACUGGAAAACACUAUGGCGCCGCUUCCUGCGACGGUUGCAAGGGUUUCUUCCGGCGAUCUGUCAGAAAGAAUCACCUCUACACCUGCCGAUUCAGCAGAAACUGUGUAGUAGACAAAGACAAGAGGAAUCAGUGCAGGUACUGCAGAUUAAGAAAAUGUUUCAAAGCUGGCAUGAAGAAGGAAGCCGUACAAAAUGAAAGGGAUCGGAUAAGUUGUAGAAGGCCAAGCUACGAGGAACAAAGCAGCAACGGAAGUGGACUCUCUGUUGUUUCCCUUCUGCAGGCGGAAAUGCUCAGCAGACAAGUUGGUGCGGCUCUCGAGUUAGGCAGUCCAGGCGGCGAUAUCGACCUGAGCACGAAGCAGAUCGCGAACAUCAACGAUGUUUGCGAAAGCAUGAAGCAGCAACUGCUGAUCCUAGUCGAGUGGGCCAAGUAUAUACCCGCUUUCAGCGAAUUGACCCUCGACGAUCAAGUGGCCCUUCUCAGGGCGCACGCGGGCGAACAUCUUCUACUGGGUGUCGCCAGGCGCAGCAUGCAGCUCAAGGACGUGCUUCUUCUGGGCAACAACUGUAUCAUCACCAAGAAUUGUCCUGUCAUAUCCUUGUCCACAGAGGGUCGGAAUCAAGAUCUGGACAUCAGCAAAGUCGGGAUCAGGGUAAUGGACGAAUUGGUGAAGCCUCUGAAUGAAGUGCAGAUCGAUGACACGGAGUUCGCUUGUUUGAAAGCCAUCGUCUUUUUCGACCCUAAUGCAAAGGGCUUAAGUGAACCACAACGAAUUAAACAACUACGUUACCAGAUCCAAAUCAACUUGGAAGAUUAUAUUAGUGAUCGACAAUACGACAGCCGUGGACGAUUUGGUGAAAUUCUCCUAACUUUACCAGCUCUACAAUCCAUCUCCUGGCAGAUGAUUGAACAAAUUCAAUUUGUAAGACUUUUUGGAGUUGCACAUAUUGACACCUUGCUUCAAGAAAUGCUCUUGGGUGGUGCUACAGCAGAGAUAAAUGGUACUGCAACACCAAUUCCAAUUUCAAAUGCCCCUGGCAGUUAUGUAAGCAGCAAUGAGAGCCCUAGUAGUCCAUUGACUCCAGCUAAUGCACCUCCAUUGAGCCCUCAAGAUCACAUGCUGACAAGUGGAAGUCCUGUUAUGAUUUUGAGGGACCUUACACCCAUUCAGAACCAAGAAGAUGUGACUAGUGUAACUGGAUUCAGGAUGUUCAAGCAAGAACCCAGUCUUGAGAGUGAAUCAACCUUUUAAGGACUUUGAUGAU